AAUGUUUCCAAGACUUCUGAGCCUGUAUGAUAAGUUAUACUAUAAAAUACCCAAUGGGGGAAAAAUAAUAUCUCUGAAAUAUGAAUUAUCAAGAAUAUCAGGCUUCAAAAAUUGGCUUAUAAUAAAUAUGACGCAGACACAAAUAGCCCAUGUUGGGCACUUGGGCAAUAUAAAAUUCGUGAUUCUAAUGAAUAAUUCAGUAAACUCCUCCUCCGAAUUGGGCUGUGCGCAAUGAAUAAUAACUAGCCCUGCCCCUCUAAUAUUUAUUAAUUUGGUCCUUCUGACAGCCCCGAUGGUCAGUCUCGUUAUGGCGUUUUACCAACCCAGAAUGAGAUUUUUUAGUGCUGGGUGCAUUGGAAUUUACCACUUAUGAGAUGUGACGUUCUGUUCGGCUUGUCAUCGUGAACAUGAAAAUGGAAGAAGAGGAUAGUCCGACGAGGGCGGUACCGAGUACCAGUCCAGACGGGAAAAAAGGUGGUGUCGAAGAUAGCGGGUCUUCUGCUCGUGUCCUACUGGACACUGAGCUUUGCGAAACUGGAUCUAAUCAAGUGGCAGGUCUAAACUGCCACAACGGACGGACCUGGCGUGGUGGAACCGGAAUACGAGUUCUGAAGCGCAAUAUGAAGCGGAAUGGGAGUCGGGGCUGUGUGACCAGGAAGACCCGCUUUGGGUCACGGGAGCGGGACUGGUUGAAGGGGGACGCCCAGCGGGGGUGCGUGUGCCUCUAUGGGGCGGCAGACCCCCAGCUCCCCUCCUCAGGACCCCAGACCUCCUCUACCUCACAGCCGGACCUGCGACUGGUACUCUGCUCCACCAGCACCACGGUGGAGGAGCUGUGUGCCCAAGGGGAGAGUAAGGACCUGUACCUGCAGCUGCAUGGGGACCUGAUCAGGAGGCUGGACCCCACAGAGCGCCCUCUCCAAAUCGUGUACGACUACCUGGCAGCCAUGGGGUACAGGGACCCACUGAGGAUACAGUGGGAGGCGGCCAACUCGGACCUGAGCUGUAUGAUUCGCUUCUACAGGGAGAGGCCGCUGAGCGCGGACCAGCUGGAGCGCACGCUGCUGACGGGCGUGUUCAGCGUGCGGAAGGGCAAGACGCAGCUGCACAAGUGGGCGGAGCGACAGGUCAUCCUGUGCGGCACCUGCCUGAUCGUGGCCUCCGUCAAAGACUGCCUGACGGGGAAGAUGCACAUCCUGCCGCUGGUGGGGGGAAAGGUGGAGGAAGUCAAGCGAAGACAGCACUGUCUAAUGUUCAGCUCAGCUGGACCCCAGGCCCAGACUUACUUUGUCAAUUUUGACCAGCUGGCAGACUACCAGAGGUGGCACCGGCAGGCAUCUAAGGUGGUGUCCCAGACCGUCAGUCUGGUGGAUCUGUCCUGCUACAGCCUGGAGCGCGUGCCCGAGUACCUCUUCUACAGCCAGGACAUCACGCACCUCAACCUCCGCCACAACUUUCUGAGGCUGGAGGGGGCGGGCGGACUGCACAGCCUCAAUAGAUUCUUACAGCUGAAGAGCUUGAAUUUGUCCCAUAACCGACUGGGCACCUUCCCAGAGUCCAUAUGUGAGGUCCCCACACUGACUGAGCUCAACCUCUCCUGCAACGGCAUCCAUACCGUGCCCUGCCAGAUAGGCAAGCUUCAGAGCCUGCAGACUCUGUCCCUGGAGGGGAAUCACUUGAGCGCCCUUCCCGAGGAGCUCGGCGGCCUGUCGCAGCUCAGCAGCCUGGGGCUCGCCUUCAACCAGUUCCCCCGCAUCCCUGCCGUGGUGGAGCGGCUCACCGCCAUCGACAGGCUGUCCAUGGCCGGGAACAGGGUGGAGACCCUGGAGCUGGGCUUCCUGGGCCGGAUGAGUCACCUCAAGAUCAUCGACCUGCGGCUGAACGGGCUGCGCUGGGUCCAGAGCGACGGCCUGGAGCCCGUGAGGCAGGUGACCUACCUGGAUGUGAGGGACAACCACCUGAGCGCCCUGGACCUCAGCUCCGCCUGCAGCCUGGAGACGCUGCACUGCGAGCGCAACCAGCUGGAGAUGCUAACGCUGAGCGGCUUCAUGCUGCGCGCGGUGUACGCCAGCAACAACCGCCUGACCACAGUCAAUAUCUACCCAGUUCCCAACCAGCUGAUGCACUUGGACCUAUCAUGUAAUCUCCUUGAAUACCUUCCAGACUGGGUGUGUGACACCAGGAAAAUUGAAGUGCUGGACGUCACUCACAACUUUCUGUCCGAACUGCCCGCAAGACUGCUAGGUAGCCUGAGUCUGAGAAAACUGCUGGCCGGCCACAAUCGGCUGCAGAGAGUGCCUGACCUGCUGGACCAUAUUCCACUGGAGAUGCUCGACCUCCAGCACAACAAGCUGGGCCAGCUCCCAGAGAGCUUCUUCUAUAAGGCGCUAAACCUAAGGUACCUGAACCUGUCAGCCAAUUCCCUGGAGGCUAUCCCCCCAAGCAGCCAAUCAGAGCAGAGUCUCAGCAACCUCCAGGAGUUGUACCUGACUGGCAACAAUCUGAAUGAGAACAGCGCCGCCCAGCUGGUGGAACAUCAGAACCUGCGCGUCCUGCACAUAGCCUACAACCAGCUUCUGUCCUUUCCUGCAAGUAAGCUGAGUAAACUGGAGCUGCUGGAGGAGCUGAACCUCAGUGGGAACAAGCUGAAGACCAUCCCCUCCACCGUGUCCAGCUGCAAGAGACUGCACAUCCUGGUCGCACACUCCAACCACAUCAGCGUCUUCCCCGAGAUCCUCAACCUUCCUGAGAUCAGGCUGGUGGAUCUGAGCUGUAAUGAGCUGACGGAGAUCGUGCUGACGGACUCUGUGCCUGCAACACUGCAGGAGCUGGACCUGACAGGCAACAGCAGCCUCAUCCUGGAGCACAAGACGCUCAAUCUCUUCAGUCACAUUGCUACCCUGAAGCUGGAUCAGAAGCAAGUCAUUAUGACAGGAGACUCUCUAGGUUCCUCCAUCCUGUGGAACCACGGAUACUCAGAGCUGAGUGGCCACAGAAAUAAGUUGUGUGUGUCAGUGCUGGCGGUAGAUCGAUUCAGGGACAGCGCGGAGGCUGUGUAUGGCAUCUUUGACGGGGACCGCAAUGAGGAGGUUCCCCGCCUACUGCAGUGCACCAUGGCGGAGGUGCUGGCCGAGGAGAUAGAGCACUCCAGCGUGGACACUGUGUACAUGAGCAACACCUUCCUCACUUCACACCGCAAACUGGGCAUGGCCGGGCAGAAGCUGGGCGCCUCUGCGCUGCUCUGCUACAUCCACCACGAGGCCUCCAACCCCUCCAACUUCAGCCUCACCCUGGCCAACGUGGGCACGUGCCAGGCAGUGCUGUGUCGAGACGGGCAGCCCCUGGCCCUGUCGAAGGUCUUCAGUCUGGAGCAGAGCAUGGAGGAGACGGAGAGGGUUAAAAGCAGCAAGGCCAUCAUUACAGAGGAUAACAAGGUGAGCGGGGUGACCCGCUGCUCCCGCCUCCUGGGCUGCUCCUACCUGUCCCCCUGGGUGCUGCCCAAGCCGUGGGUGCACACCGAGCCCCUCUGCUCCCAGGACGACUUCCUGAUCCUGGGGAGCAGGUCGCUGUUCGAGGGGGUCUCGUACCAGGAGGCCGUGCGCACGGUACAGGCCGUGCGGGACCCGCUAGCCGCCGCCAAGAGGCUGUGCACCCUGGCGCAGAGCUACGGUUGCCGGGACAACGUGGGGGCGGCGGUGGUGUCCCUGCGCGUCGGGGAGGACGGCUGCACCUGCGAGGCCGAGGGGAAGGGGGGCGCGGGGGCGGUGCUGCCCACCUUCGGUCCCGCCCCCCUGGGAGACCCUCCCGCCCUUUCCUCCAGCAGCGGCGUCACCUCGGAGUUCAGUAGCGAGCUGUCCGCCUCGGAGGUGGGCAGCGAGGCCGGCUCCACCGCCUCUGACGAGCACCCUUCCUCCAGCCCCGCCCGGCCAGAGAGGCGCUGCAGCCUUCACCCCGCCGCAGCCGCCAGUGGGACGGGCGUCCCCGGCCCCAGCCCCGGCCCCGGCCCCGGCCCCGGCCCCGGGGUCAUCAACACAGGGCUGUUCCAGCGCCAGCCGUCCUGCGCCACCUUCUCCAGCAACCAGUCGGACAACGGGCUGGACAGUGACGACGAGGGUCCACUGGAGGGCGUCAUCUCCAAUGGGAGCAAAGUGGAGGUGGAGGUGGACAUCCACUGCUGCGCCUUUCCGAUCCGUUCAGUGUCUCCUGAAGCCCUCGACAACCAGGACCUCCUUGACAACCAGCGGGGCUCCGUUUACCAAAAUGGCGGUUUUGGUGGGAAGGCACGGCGCAGGGAGAAUGUGGUUGUGUCGGCCACGAACGGCUGCCUUCUAGCGGUGUGUGGCAGGGAGAUCUCUGACCUGAAAAAGUCCCCUUCCUCCUCCAGCCUUUUCGGAAAGAAGCUUUCCAACGGCUCCGUGGUAGCCCUGGAAGAUAGCCACAACCUCAUCGAGGUAGCCCUGGAGGCCCCCAAGAAGAAGUCGGGCUAUUUUGCUGCCCCAGCCCAGCAGGACCCCGAGGACCAGCUGGUGGUUCCGCCCAGCCUGGAGCAGGAUGUUAGAGAGCAGCUAAGGAUCCAGAACGCCGUCACCCCUGGACCUCCACCCCUGUCGACACACCCCCCUGCCAGAGACCCUGAGUGGAGCCAGCCUCCUCCACCUCCCCAGGACCUGAUCAGCACCCCUGCCCUGCAGCAGGAAGUCUAUGACACUGCACUGUAGAGGGCGUGGAGCAUAAUGCCACGCCCACAGGAAAUAAGAUGCCAUACCAAGGUUAGCCCCCUUGGAAUAUUACAGAUCAAAUUUCCUUUUGGGUCUGACCUAAGUCUGAGGCCCAGAAUGCACAGUUAUGAUUGCAUUGUGACACUUCCAGUGUUCUGAAACCAGUUUCACUGUGACUAAUAUUUUCUCUAGAAAAUCUGUCUGAAUAUGUGACUUUAUAGAAGAUGAUGAUGAGGGCCAGAGAGCAAAUUUGAUUUAUGGUAGAAGGCCAAAAUCCUAAACUGAACUGGAAUACCUUCUGUUAGUCGGUGUAUCACUACAAAAGCUAUAAGCAACAAUUGCCCUUUACACAGUUUACUGUCACUGUAACUGGCUCUUUAUUUACUUUAUUCAUCAUCUUCUGUCCCAAGGAAUCUAGAAGGUCUCCAAUGUCGUAGAAUAAUCAUGUGACCUAAAGGUGAAGAUGGGACAUAAAGUGCCUACUACACCUAACUCCACUGCUAACUCCCUGGCCUUGGCAUGUCCACUGGAGUAUUUAUUUUGCGGAAGGUUAUCACUGUGUGAUAGCACCUCUGGUACAAUCACCCGGCCAGGUUUCCCCUCUCUCAGACCUCAGAACCUGGCCAGCUGAUGACACUGAGGGUGGUCUUCUGGGCUGGCUGAGCUGAAAUGGGGUUUGCUGGACAUAUUCUGGGGUAAUGGGAGGGUUUGUGGGAGGGCUGUUUUUUUAUUUUUUUAUAAGUUAGUGGCAAAUGUGGUCCCAAGCAAUAUUUACUGAAAAGAAGGAGGGCCAAUCACCAAGUGAAUGCAUUGAAUGGUAUCAAUUCCAUGAAGCACUGUUACUGGAGCUUGGUCCUGGGAUGUGUGUUUGUGCAUGUGAAAGAAAUAUUUGACUGUACAGGACAUCAUUUUCUAUCUUCGGCAUUGCUGCUCUCCCUAAUUCAUCUCAUGUUCUUACCCGCUAACUGCUAGCUGCUUGCUUCCUCUUGAAACCAAACUCUGGUGGAACCAGGGUUGAUGGCCCACCUGCUUUUUCCACGGUCUUUUUCAGGGUGCAGUGAGGUUGUGUGUGUGGUUGCUCCCGGCUUAGCUCAUAUCCCUGAUCUACCCCACUGAGCUGGGAUUACACGUUCCGCAUUAUCUGGAAAGCCGUGACAUAUUUCUCAAACAGUGAAUAAAUGGGGUUAAUGGGCAAUCAGCACUUGAGUCUUUCACAAUCAAGGAAAGAGACAAAAAUUAUACAAAAUUCCGGUGCUGUUUUGACAUUCAACAAUGGAACAUAUUGCAGAUACCAUAUUAUCACGUCCAAAACAUAAAGGCCCGCUCAUGCGCAGCAAGUCUAAAAGCAAAAUGCAUUUAAAAACGUAGGUGGUGUUUCUGGUUUUUCAAUUACCUGCGCCUGUAUAAAAAAAAGGCGUUAACUUUGAAUGUAACAUUGAUAAAAGCCUAAUUGGCUGAGUCAUCUGUUUUUUUGUCUGUUUUUCUUCUAUUAACGUUUUUAAACACAUUUUGCGUUCAGUCUUUCUGUGCGUCUGCGGGCUUUUAUGUUUUGGACUUAUUUGUUGUCGAUGCGCACCUCUAUGUGGUAUCAUGAGCACAGUGAUUUAAAAAGGUUCCAGAAACCAUAGCGCUGUACUGAUAAACCCUGCACGAUCUAGUAGGGAAGCUGUGAAAUAAUUUAACUUGGUGCGUAUGUAUUUUAGUGUAGAGAGAUCAAAGGGGAAUGCCAGAGAUGGUGAAUCAUCAUGAAAAAACUGCAGAGUAGUACUAACCAGGAAUGGCUCCCACUACCUACAUUAACAAAACAGGUGGUAAAAUAGGGAGUGGGAUCUCUCCUCAGACUAUACAGAACUCUGUUAUUCCAGAUGAAUGCCUGUGCUACGGUGACUGUGCAAAAUGUUUUUUGAGGAUCAGCUGAGACUCAGUAUGAUACUGAAAAUGCACUCAAAGUCUUAACCUGAGAUUUUCACUCCAUGGCCAAACAUGUCCAGAGAACAGCAGAAAAGCAUAAUGGCUAUAUUGUAGUAUUUAUUUUUACAUAUAGGUAAUUGAACAAAUAUACCUGCAGUUGUGGUGUAUGUGUGAGUGUGAGUGUAAGAGUGGGUUUGUGUGUGUGCUUGUGCCUGUGUAUAGGGACAAUAAGGACUACCAUAGCCAUGCUAUAUGACUUUUACUGAAAUGGUAAGGGUGCAGGAGCAGUACAGUCUGGUCAAAUAGCACAGUACAUUUUUUAUCCAUCCUUGUUUGAGAACCAUGGUUCUGAAAUAUUUCACAUAUCGAAAUAUGGCAGAUGGCGACAUCUAGUGGUAAUAAUUGAGAACUGUUGUAACUGGCCUUGGCAUUUUGUUGUCUUCUUUUAAAGUGUUCUGCAAACUGUAACUAUGACCCGUGUUGGCAAUGAAUGAUGUUUCACACAUAUUAAGUAGUGGAAAGUCAAAUCAUGUGGUAUAUACAACAAAUUCAGAAUAAUCAAAAAUUAUGCUGGACACCUGACUUUGCUACUAGAGAUACUGUACUGCUGACGUGGAGGUUAUUUGUGUGUAUAUUGCUAGCUGACUGAUUUCCAGUGGGCUUAACAGUGUACUGUAAGAUUAAAACUGGCUGACUCAUAGUGUGUUUCAAAGAGAUCGAGUGGGUGGCCAUUCGCUCCAUCCUGACAGUGCUUCUGUAAGUGCCACAGUAAAUCCAGGCACUCUUCUAUUAUUUAGGGAUAUAAUGAUAAAAUAUCUGAGGUUGAUUUGACUACAGGUUUAUGUAAUCUGCCCAGAACAGCUGUUCAUUUGCUAAGUCCGGCUCUGUGCCAUACCUCAUAUACUUUGCUCUCAAACACGAUCCAUAGAAUGUAUUUUCUGUAAGGAUGUGGGAUUGUUCAGUUAAUGUUUGAAGGUAAUGGUCUCCAAGCUGAUAUGACCUACGACAGUACUAGUUUCUGGUGCAGCAGUGUGCCUCAAGGUCUGUCAUUGACAGACACAUAGUUACACGCUUUCUUUUUUUAGGCAGAGUAUUCCACACAUUAUUAUGUAUUUAUAAAACCUCUGGAAAUUGGAAGAAAAGUAAAAAUGUAUAAAAAUAUUAGUAAUAUUAGUCAUUUGUCGAUCUGUCGGUUUCAUGGUUAUGCUGAAGGAAGCCUUCAACUAAAUGGCUUUUCCUUUGUAUUUAACUAGCUUGAAAUGCUAUUAGAAUAUACAUGACAAAUUAUGGCAAUGAACUCUAAUGCUUUCUAAUCAUUAACAGAAUUAUCAUUAAGUCAUUUUUUUUACCAGUGAAAAAUCUUAUCAUUGUGCCAAGAUUAAUGCUUAAAAUGCACUGGUUCUUUUAAAAAUAGGUUUGCAUGAUAAGGUUUGUGCUGAGAUGACUGGAGAGAUCUACCUUUCAUACUAUGCAGUAGGAAUUUGUUCACUACAGUGUGUGUUCUGGCAAGAUUUUGUGUCAGUGUGAGAGGCGGUAUGUUCUGUUUUCUUUACACAAAAUGCUCCCUUUAAAACAGUCUGUAUGGCUUAUACACUUUCAAAAUGAAUUAUAUGAUUCAAGCGAGUGUAA